AUGGGCAAUAUAUUCGCCCCGGCAACCCCAGAUCCUCCACCGCAACGAAUAGUCGAGUACCAAGAGCUCCCAGGAUGGCCUCGAGGUGCAGUACAUCGACCACCGGUGAAUCGACCACCGGUGAAUCGACUGCCUGUGGAUCGACUUCCGGUUAAUCGACCACCACCAGUGGAUCGACUGCUGGAGCGAAGAGCGUUGGAACGGAGAGCGUUAGAGCAAAGGGUGCUCGAAGAAAUGUAUCGCUUCGAUUUGGACGAUUUGGCCGAGGAGGUGAUCAUGCUACAACAAGCUAUGAUGCAACCACAGCCGCAACCACAACCACAACCACGCCCUAACCCGCAGCCUCGAGGCCAGUGCCGAUUUUUCGCAUCGGGCCACUGCAAAAAGGGAGCUAGCUGUCGAUUUUCUCAUGACAUGAAUGCUACCCCUGUCGCAGGGAAUACUGCAAAUUCUUCCAACGACAAUAACACAUAUGAGCUCGGGGGUGCGUGGGUACAGUUCAACAAUGGCGGCACAGUUUCCAAAGUUGUCUUCGCUUCCGACUACUCCGCCAUCAAUAUUCGAAAUCUUCCACACACUAGUUCUACCGCCUCAGUCAAGAUAAUUCUGGAGAAUGUGGGCAUACCGACGUUCGGGGUUGACAUACGUCUCGUAGCCCAGACUGAGCAAGACCAAUGCACUGCGAUACUAAAAGCUGAAGAUCCUUCGUUUGCUAGGACAGCCUGCCGCAAACUGGCCACCUACACCACUCUUUCGGGCAUGAAGGUGGCUAUCGUACCUCCAAUCAUCCCGCAUAGUCAGAGCCCUUACCAGAUUGACUGUCGGAAAGUGCAUUGUGCCUGGAGUCGGCCAACGCGUGAAGCUAGGUUGAUCUUUGCAACCAAGGGUCCUGCGUACAAAUUGCAAAGAGAAUCCAGAGCGGGCAAUUACAAGGUGCUUGGAUCAAGAGUUAACGCACACGUCCAACAGAGCCCAGAAGGAUGGGUAGUGAAGCUCACUGGAUUGAGUGGCACAGUAUCAGAGCAAGACAUCGUCAAGACAAUCCCAGUAUCUGAACAGCCUCAGAAUGUCGAGCUUGGAGAGCCUGACUACGUUGCAGAUUCUGAAUUCGACACAACCAUUAUCAAGUCGAUGCUAUUGGAAUCCGGUCCCUUGGAGCGGUGGGAAGUGCCUAACAAUUCAAAGGCCAAGCGCUUCAAUGCGUAUGGUAUUUUCUUUGACGAAUCAUCUGCAAGAAAUGCUGCGUCAUCGUUGAAUAAGAAACUCCUCUCAUUCAGCAAGACGACGCAGCUUUCAGUGUCGGUGGUGGCAUCAGCCAAGUUUAAAAUAUUGGCUAAAAUCUACGACAUGGUCCGCCAACGGAUUAAUGCGCAGAAGCCAGCAUGGGAUCGACAGUACAUCCGUCUUUCUGAAUUCCCUUGCAAAGGACAAUAUCACAUCUUGAAGCUUGAAGGAGACAAUCACCCAGGGGUGGUUAAAGCUAAGGAGUGUAUUGAGAAGAUCGUCAAGGGAGAAGUUGUUCGAAUGGAGGGGAAAGAUCUUCGAUGUGGCAAUUUCAGGAAAGACGGAAAGGAAUUUAAAAAAGUCCAGGCGAUUGAAAACACCUUCAAGGUGCUCAUCAUUCCCGACAUACGCAAGUCACAAUUCCGCGUCUUUGGACGUGAAGCAGUACCAAAGGAAACUCUGGAGCAGAUCACAAAACUGCUACAAGAUUGUGUAUCCGAAAGCCAUGUUAUUGAGCUCAACGAUGUUGACUUCCGGUGGGCAUCAAACGGAGGCUUCAGAUUUCUCAGGUCUCAGCUUGGAGACGGAAUAGCAUUCUUCGACAUCACGUCAAGGUACAAACGAAUCUUAAUCAGGGGGUCCAAAGCGGACUACAAUAAUGCGAUGGCCAUUGUCGCCACCAAAAAGAUUAUGCCGCGCGAUGCAGACAAUCUUUCUGGGAUGGAGUGUCCGACCUGUUUCUGCGAACCCGACGAGCCGAUCCGAAUGUCUUGCGACCACGUCUACUGCAGCGACUGUUUUGUUCAAAUGUGUGUCGCCGAAAUGACGGCGGACAGGGAGUUCCAGAUUUGCUGCCCAAAGGCCGAUGCCACUGGGAAGAUCUGCAAGAAGGCCUUUUCUCUCUCAGAGAUUCAGGAGCAUCUUCCUUCGGAAACCUUUGAAGAUAUCCUUGAGAAAUCCUUUGAAUCCUACAUUACUCGCCAUCCUGCCGAGUUUAAAUACUGCGAAACACCCGACUGUGGCCAGGUAUAUCGGGUCACGUCUCACGGCUCCGAGCAUCCCAGUAUUUUUACGUGCAAGAAGUGCUUGAAGUCUACUUGCACGAUUUGCCAUACUUCCCAUCCCGGCAAGCCGUGCACUAAAGAGUGCUACGACCAUAUGAGAAGAAUUCAUGGAGGAAUAGGUAUUUGA